UAAGGAAAAUCAUUGUGAUAUGAUCUGCUCUUUUUCAGUGUCUAAUAAGGAACCCACUGCUGCUGUCCCAGUUAUUAUCCAAAAUCGCAGAGUUUAUGACUUUUAAGUCAUCUGCUGUUUUUUUGCCCCAAUAUUUACAAACUCGGUUCUUAAUAACACCAAGAAGUGCCUCUGUUUUCACAGGUGUUUUUACAUUACUAGGAAUAAUAUUUGGCCGUUUUUGUGGAGGCAUUAUUGUUCAAAGAAUGCAAAUGAAUAAUAAGAACAAAUUGAAAUUUUUAGUAAUAGCAUCUUUUGUGUCAACCUUGCUUUUCCUAUUAACCUUUUUUGUGAAGUGUGAAACAGCAAAGUUUGCUGGAAUCACUGAUGAUUAUGAUCGUCUUGGUAUAAUUGGAAACCUCACAGCUCCAUGCAAUGUGCCCUGUGGUUGUACAACUUCUGCCUAUAAUCCUAUAUGUGGAAGAGAUGAGAUACAAUACUUCUCUCCCUGCUUUGCAGGUUGCAGAGCUACUAAAAUGCUAAGGAAUAAAAAGGCAUACUACAAUUGUUCUUGCAUUAAAGAAGGACUGACAACUGCUGAUACUGAAGGUCAAUAUAUUGAUGCUGUUUCUGGAACAUGUAAUACCGGAUGUCUUAAAUUACCUUUAUUUUUUGCAUUUUACUUUACUGCAACAAUUUUUUCUAGUUUCUGUAGUAUACCUUCCAUUUUGAUUGCCAUUCAAAGUGUACCUCCCAGUUGGAAAUCAAUGUGCUUGGGUUUAAUGUUGACAGUUUGGAGAUUCACUGGCUCUGUCCCUUCACCAAUAUUUUUUGCAGCAGCAUUAGAUUUUACUUGUAAAUUCUGGGAUAUUAAUGAAUGUGGAGAAAAAGUAAAUUGUUGGAUCUUUAAUGAGGAAAAUUUGGUCUACACAUUUAAGACAACAUGGAUUAGCAUGCAAAUAUUUUCAGGCUUGAGUUGUCUUUAUGGGCUUUACAAACAUGAUUAUGUGGUAAAAGAAAAAGCAGAAGAAAAAGCAGAACAUUAAUUUCUAACUGAUUUCUUCUUUGGGACUGGACAAUCUGUAAUGUUCUGAGUUCUAAGGACUGCAGUCUAUUCUUUGAAGAUUUCAUAAGAUGUGAGCUAUGCCAUAAUUUCAGAAGAGAAAAAACAUUAAAAUAUGUAUGUGAAUCUUUAUUUUCAUAAUAAAAUGCUCGUAUGAAACACUUU